AUGGCAGAAUGCACCUUCACGGAUCGUCUACCAGUAGAGCUACGGCUAAGAAUCUACGAGUACCUCCUCCCCGACAACGAACACCUCAAACUCCGCCAAUACAUCCCGGGCUCCCACAACUUGGCCAUUUUACGCACCAGCCGGCAGAUCUACGAAGAGGCCAUCCCCCUCCUCUACGACCUCAACAGCAUCGUCGUGACCCGCAACGACUUCUGCGCCCACACCGACGCCAAUCUCAAAACCCCGUUGAAACUGGAGUACGCCCGCUUCCUCUACUUUUUCAACUUCAGCCAGUCCAUCGCGUGCACCCUAGCCGGUUCCGAAGGACGGUGCGACGUCUGCCAACCAUCCGCUGCCGGGCUUCUGGACGCCUUCACAGCCAUACCCCGGCUCCGAGCCGUCUGGCUGGAUUUCGGACAGAGUCGUUCCGAGUACUACCUCUUCCAGCGCUGGCUCGACGAGAACGGUAUGGAGUACGAAGGCAUGCCGUAUAGUACUACGACGCGCGGUCGUCGCCUGGGGUAUCAGAUCGUGUUCACGAUCAAGGGACGGGAGGGAGAAGCCGCGAAGGGAUUCAAGAAGCUACGGGAAUCCUUGGAUUGA